CUGGCUGGGGUGGAGGUGAGGAUGGGGACCAGACGGGGCACGGCGGGCGGGGGAGCAGCCGUGCGGGAGGUGCUGCUGGUCACCCGUGGCCCCCGUCCCCGUCCCCACAGCUUCGCCAUGUUCCACAAGGUCCGGAUCCCUCGCCAGGACCUCCUCAACCGGACGGGAGACGUCACCCCCGAGGGCACCUACGUCACCCGCUUCAAGGACAGCAGGCAGCGCUUCGGUGCGUCGCUGGGCGGCCUGUCCCGCGGGCCGCGUCUGCAUCGUGGGCAUGUGCGUGGUGAACCUGAAGCUGGCCGUGUGCAUCGCCCUGCGGUUCUCGGCCACCCGGCGCCAGUUCGGACUGGCCGACGGGGAGGAGGUGCCGGUGCUCGAGUACCAGCUGCAGCAGUGGCGCCUGCUCCCGUACCUGGCGGCCGCCUACGCCUUGGACCACUUCUCCAAGUCGCUCUUCCUGGACCUGAUAGCGCUCCAGCAAGGCCUCCAGCGGGACGACCGGAGCGCCAGGCAGGCAGAGCUGGGACGUGAGAUCCACGCCUUGGCGUCGGCCGGCAAGCCUCUGGCCUCGUGGACGGCCCAGCGGGGGAUCCAGGAGUGCCGCGAGGCGUGCGGAGGACACGGCUACCUGGCCGGUAGGUUUUAGAGACGCGAGUGACCGUUUUCUGUCCUUACCCCUCCCGCUCGCUCCA